UCCCAGUAGACCCCAUUCAGUUUAAAUAGAGCUUUGUGAACCACAUGGAGAGACAGAGCUGUCCGGAGCGCAGAGCCUUCAGAUAGUCCGCCUUGUUAUUGUUUGGACCUAAAUAUUAAUAUUUCACCGAAAUGGAUAUGAUUCCCGGGAUGCAGAAGAUGUCAGUGGGGCAGCCGCCAGCGGGAAGGGGUGCGGCAUGUCUGACAUGUAAAGGGAUCUGCACUGGAUUCCAGCCACAUUCCUGGAGAAAAGCUUGCACUCAAUGUCACUGCAGCCGAGAAGACCACGCACCCAGCUCGGACCUUGAGGAUGACUAUAAAAUGGGCCGAUUGCUGGCAGACUCCAAGUACGCCCACCUGACUGCCAAAGUGAAAGGUGGAGACGGCCUGAGAGUCUACAAGCGCAAUCGCAUGAUCAUCACCAACCCUGUGGUGUCUCGCAAAGACCCCACCUUCAACACAAUCACCUAUGACUGGGCUCCACCUGGCCUGACUCAGAAACUGGCCAUGCAGUACAUGGAGCUUCUCCCGGAGGAAAGGCGGCCCGUGGCGGGCACGGAGGGGGCGCUGUACAGGCGCAGGCAGUUGAUGAAGCAGCUCCCUGCUUACGAUCAGGACCCGUCACAGUGCCACAGCUUGUCAGAGGCUGAAGUCAAAGCCAUGGCUCAGUUUGUAAAAAGUUAUAAAGAGGAUGCGAUGGGAGUGGGCGAGGUAGCGCUGCCAGGAGAGGGAGGAACGUCCAAAGACAGCGGUGGAAAACAGAAGAAUGGGAAAGAGCAGCCAAACCCUGAGCCCACCACCAACGGCACACUGGAAGAGAACGGCAAGAAGAGUGAAUAUCACUGUAGCGGUUGUGGGCAGCCUGCAGUCCUGGACAGUCCAGUCGUGUACGCAGAGAGAUCCGGAUACGAGCGGCUCUGGCAUCCUACCUGCUUCGUGUGUGCGGAGUGUAACGAGGCGCUGGUUGACCUGGUGUACUUCUGGAGGAAAGACACGCUGCUAUGUGGCCGCCAUUACUGCCAGGGUCUGAAGCCGCGCUGUCCAGGAUGCGAUGAGCUGAUCUUCUCAGAGACGUGCCAUCAGGAGAAUGCCCAGACCUGGCAUAAGGAGCAUUUCUGCUGCUGGCAGUGUGGUCAGAAUCUCCGCGUUCAGUGUAACUGCACCAAAAAACCCCAAAAGUGAACAUCAAACCCACCUGCUGAGCAGAAGCAAGAGUCCAGUUUGGAGAUACUACGUUGUUGUUUUUUUGCCAUCCAAGAAUUAUAUAUGAAUUAGAAAUAGUAAUAGAAAUGAUUUAGACAGUGGUGGCAGUUCUAUUAAACAGUGUAGGUGUAAAAGUAGUGUACUUUUCAUUAGCAGACAGCAAGUGUAUAUCAUAAAAACUGUGUUUUUUCCCCCUCAAAAUCUCCGAAGCUUUUUAGUUUUAGUACAUUACUGAGGAUUAGUAAACACUACGACCCACGCCCGACUGUUUAGAGAAAAACCAUACUGCGCUAAUGCUUCACGUCAUUAUAUAACGCAGUCAUGGGUGUGACUCGCCGGAGAACGAGCGCUGAUGUAAUGAACAGAUCGGACCUUUAGGGCUGAGACCUGUUUGCAUCGUACGUCUGGUUUUUACGCAGCACACGAGAUCACAUAUGGAUGACUCACAGAUGAACUGGGGAUUAGUCAGAAACAAGCAAGAGUGUGAAAUGACACCAUUUUCCUUCGCUGGGUUUAAUGACAAAGAUCGAAAGUUCAGAUCCAGCCAGAAACUGGGGGAGAGAGAUUAGAGUGGAAAACGAUUAGCGCUAACUGGUUUUAAAGUGUGAUGAAGAGGCAGAGGUUCUGGACGCAGCCAAAGGCUUCCAGCUCCCUUUCUGCCAGCUGAGCUGCCUGGAGUUUCACAAGCGGACGUUCGCCGGUGCUGUCGGAGAUAAACCAGAUCCUGUCUUGUAUAAGCAUGUGGGUAAGAGUUCACGGAGAGAACGCGGUCUACGCGUGAGGGCGUUUCAAGCGAGGGUGUUUGUAAAUAUUUCAUAGCCCUGACACUCAAGGUCCUGAGCUAGGAUUCCUGUCAUGGUGGGAAAGUGUUAGGUUACAUACAGAGCCGUGUCUGGUCCCACUUUACAUUAAGUGUCCUUAAGUGUUAUAUAAAUAAUUAGCUAAGACUUUAUGUAAGUAUAAAUUAUUGCAAUGAAGUACUUGAACACGCUAGAUUGAAUACACACCCACCGGCCACUUUAUUAGGAAUGCGCUCCUGCUCCGGUUAUCUGAUCAGCCAAUCAUGUUAUAAAAGAAAAAUAGUUAGACUGGUUGAAGCUAACAGGAAGUCUAUGGUAUGUCAAAUAAGCAUGCUUUACAGUCGUGGUGAUUAGAGAAGGAUCUCAGUACACACAACGCAUAGAACCAGUAAGCUAGUGGUAGCUCAGUGGUUAAGGCAUUGGUCUACUGGGCAGAAAGCUUGGUGGCUGCCACCAGAGGCCCCUUGAGCCAGGCCCUUAACCCCUUGGCUGCUCAGUUAUAUAAAAUGAGACAACUGUAAUAUAGAACAUUAAUUUCUAGUUUAUGGAAGUAAACAGAAGUUGUUGUUUUGCUAUUGUAGAACAUCUGCCUCAAUAUCUGAUCUGUUGUGUGUUCUGAAAUGCUUUUUUGCUCACUAUACCUGUGGCCUUUCUGUUUAAAUUUCAGCAGUUUCUGAAAUAUUCAACCAUUUGGAACCAACAAAAAUGCCACGAUCAACUUCAUGGAAGCUUUAAGUAGUACAUAUGUAGCACGUUAGGACACUUAAUAUAAAGUAGCAACUUUAGAACAUAGAAUAUUCCAUCAAUCUUAUUCGAUCUUUCAAAAUUUACAAUACAAAACUGAAGGAAAUCAUCAUUCUUUUCUCAUGAUGCUGAUGAUUUCUCUCCGAGAUUCCUCACGAUCACCAGCUUUCCUCAACACCAGCCGCAAACAGCAGUCCUGGACUGGAACUGGAGUCCAAGCCUGAGCGGUUUGGAUUUCUGGCAGUAAUGUAACCCCAUAUCAUUGUACCGUUGUUUUAAAUGUUUAUACAGAUGUUUCAGUUAAGCUUUAGAGAGAGAGAGAGAGAGAGAGAGAGAGAGAAAAGAAAGAAAUGCCUUAGAUGUGAAAAACGUGCCAGUUCCUGUAAAUGUGCUUAUUUUAUUAUGAAUAUUAAGUUUCCUAUCAGGUUAAGAUUAAUGCGUUUGGAGACGGACUCAAAGCGUAGGUGCGAGGCGGCGAUGUCGCACGAUUAUUUUUCUUUCGCAGCCAUCUAACCCAUGGUCCCUGAGGGGGAACCUCCGAACGGAAGAUCUUUGAAAAAGGAGAGGGUUUUAGAUAUCAUGCAGUGUGUGUUCGUAUUUAUUAUUAAUGAUGUGAAAAUCAUAAACUUGUGCUCACCUUUUGGUUUAAUGUCUGACUGUAGAAAAAGUGGUGUGAUUUAUGAAGAGGUUGUGUAUAAGUGACUGUAGGGUUGUUAAAAAGGAACAAAACGAUCUUCAGAACUGGAAUGUUCACAUUGUGAAUUGUAAAAAAGCAGGAUGAGACGUUUCAGGAAUGAUAUACAGGUGGUAGAAUCGGUUUAUUACCUUUCGUAUGAUUUUAUCACCGGGGGAAAAUGGGAGCAGUUGCAUAUUUUUGAGAACAUUGGUAUCAUAAACUGGUGAUGAAUUAUUUCGAUAUUACGUUGAUGUGCUUACUUGGAAUAAAUCAACUGGAAGGCUGACCUUGGAGUGGAAAAUGGAUAAAGUACACUAACCAAAGUUCUGCUUUUGUCUGUAAGCAAUUAUAUAUAUAUAUAAAUAUAUAUAUAUCUUCGUUGCUACAUAAUAACGAUCGAUGCAGUAAUUUGUGUUGUUUGUUUUAAAACGGCAUUAAGCGCGCAAAGCUUUUAUGCAACAGAUUUCUUUUCUCUUUCCUAUUUUUUGUUGAGAAAUUAUUUGUUCAUAUCUGUCGAGUGCAAAAGUUUGCAUCCCCUGAUGGAUUUUAAAAAGUGUACUUUUUUAAAAAAAAAAAAAAAUUUU